CUCCAGCGAGAUCAGCCCUUCAACUAUCUGUCCGGACAUCAUCACAUCUCAUCUCAGCUGUCGGGGAAAGUAUGGAGCUCGAAAACAUUAGAAAUUUGAGGGAGAGAUGCAGCGUGAGGCGGGACAUCGUCAGAGAGUUUCUGGCGGAAUUACUGGGGACAUUCGUAUUGAUACUCUUUGGUUGUGGUUCAGUGGCCCAGACUAUUCUCAGCAGAGAAAAACAAGGAGAAAAUCUCACCAUCCACUUUGGCUUUACUCUAGGGGUGAUGCUGGCCGUGUAUAUGGCGGGAGGAGUGUCAGGUGGACAUGUAAACCCAGCUGUUUCUCUGGCUAUGGUUGUCUUGGGGAAACUCCCAUUAAAGAAAUUUCCUGUCUAUGUCGUAGCCCAAUUUCUAGGUGCCUUUCUGGGGUCUUGUGCUGUCUUCUGUCUGUACUAUGGUGCCUUCGCAAAUUUUGCUGACGGAAAACGGAUUGUAAUUGGUGAAAAUGCCACAGCAGGUAUCUUUGCCUCAUAUCCACGUGAAGAUCUUUCAUUGUUAAAUGGAUUGAUUGAUCAGGUGAUUGGUACAGGUGCCCUGGUCAUUUGUAUUUUAGCUAUUGUAGAUAACAAGAAUAUUGGGGCCCCUAAAGGAAUGGAGCCACUGGUUAUUGGUCUGAGCAUCCUGGCUAUUGGAGUGUCCAUGGCGCUGAACUGUGGCUAUCCCAUCAACCCUGCCAGAGAUUUGGGACCUCGUCUCUUCACUGCUAUGGCAGGAUGGGGACUAGAUGUGUUCAGGGCUGGAAAUUAUUGGUGGUGGGUUCCAGUGGUCGGGCCGAUGAUGGGUGGUGUGGUUGGGGCAGUGAUCUACUUUCUGAUGAUUGAGCUGCACCACCCCGAGCCUGAGAAGAACCUUGAAGAUGACAACAGCAUCAAAGAUAAUGAAUUGAACACCGUAAACUAGGAGAGAGAAAGUAUGGGAUCUUUCCUUCACAAUAGGCCACAAACAAAAAGCACUGCUAUUUCUACCUACUCUCUCCUUUCUGUCUUUUCUUCUAGAUCUCUUUUCUGAGUCUUUCGCCAAGUAAUUUCAUGAAACCAAGCAGCUAUGAAAGACAGCAAGCGUUAAUUAUCCAUAAUUCUAGCUUGCUCUUAAAAAGUUGAAUUAUAGAAAAUGUCCAAAGAUCACCAACAACACUUACGAAAGGAAAAUAUAUUUACCAAUAUAUUUCUUAAAAUAUAUUAUGAUAUAUUGUAAUAUAUUAUUUUCCCUUUUUAUUUUCUAAUAUAUUAUAUAUUUGAAUACAUUGAAUAAUAUAUUGAUGAUACAUAUAUUAUAUACUAUAUUGCAAAAUAUACAAAUGAUUGUCGCUUUCAAUAUAUUGCAAUAUAUUGGAUAAAAAAUAUCCCAUAUAUAAGAAUAUAUGCCUAAUAUAUUACAUGAUAUUUUCCAAUACUGCAAUAUAUUUUUGUUUCAUAAGGGAACACAAACAAUCAGGUAUUAAAUGUAAAGCAUCCACAGUUUAUGAGUGCUUACCAUCAAUAAGUGUCACACCACUGCCAGUAACAGAUUACAGAUGCUAACAGAUCCUCCAUAUUAUCAGCUCUGGAAUGUAUAGAGAUAAUCAGAAUUUUUGACUGUUUUCUGAGGUUUACGCUUUCCUUCCCUUAAGUUUCAGCCAAUGUAAGCUGUCCAGCCUCAGCCAGAGAGAGCUGAACCCCUCCAGUAUAGUACCUAUGAUUUGUCCUUCAUUCCUUUUUCUAAUCCUCCUACUAAUCCUAUUUAUCUUGACAACCCUAUAUCUUGCCAUAAGCAGACAGGUGUUUUCUCUCACUGAAAUUAAAGAAGAGGGUAGUAUUCUUUCCACUCUGUUUACUCAAAUACGAACAGGUCUCCUUGUCAGUCAGGAUGAAUCAAUACAUGUACUGCAUGCAUAACUGCUGAGAAGGUAACAUGCAUGAAUGAAUGUUGAAAUGCACGCUAAAAAUAAAUUUGCAACUAACUAUUAUAUAUAAGCUUAAGAAGAAAUAAAUGUGUAUUUAUGCUACAGUGUCAAAACACUGAAGAAAAUAAUUAUAUAAUAAUUGCAUCAGAACUUACAGGAGCAGUAUUGUGUAUAAUAUGACAUUAUAUGAUCAUUUAAAUGCAUCAGUCACAGCUUCAGUAGGUAUUUCGUAGCUAUUGUUUGUGACACACAAUUUUUAAAAAAAAAACAUUGUAAUUUAUUUAUCAGCACGUUAAUAGCAGUUGUUUGUGCAAUUCAGAGAGAUCCUAUUAUAUAUUUCAAUAUUUUUUAUCUUUUAUUGUUUUUUUAUCCUGUUCAGGUUCAGAUUAGAAUACUUUCUCUCUCAUAAAUGAAAUAUUUAUUAAUUACUCCAUUCAAAAUGUUGAAGAUUGUAUUGUCAUUCUGCUAAUAUAGACAAUUAAAUAAACAUACUGUUAUACAUA